UAUUAUUCGUACCUGCCAUUAAGCCAUAUCUGUUACCUUAUCGCCAAAAUCUUAAUUGGAUCAGGCUCUGGUCAGUUCUCUGCACGAACAAUGUUGAAAUCAGAUAUGGGUCUUGGAGAGAGAAAACAGGUGAAGAAGCUUGCACAGGCAAGCUCGAGAAAAGGGUGCAUGAGAGGGAAAGGAGGUCCAGAGAAUGCUAUGUGCACCUACAAGGGCGUCCGGCAGAGAACCUGGGGCAAAUGGGUGGCCGAAAUCCGCGAGCCAAAUCGUGGUGCGCGCCUCUGGCUGGGGACUUUCGACACGUCCCUUGAGGCUGCCAUGGCAUAUGAUGCCGCUGCACGUAAGCUUUAUGGUUCGGUGGCCAAGCUCAAUCUGCCGAACUUAUCCAGUACCAUUAAUUCUCGGCAUCCAGCCACUUCGAACAAAAACCAGAUUGCCAAUAUCGAAAACCAAUCUCAAGUCAUGCAUAAUUCAGGCGCUACGGCCACCACAAGUUCUCCAAAUAAUAGUAGCCCAAUAGUCAGGGAUAUUGAAGAUGUUAAACCACAAGUCUACCAAAACAGUUCUACCAUGUCUUUUACUGAUGAAAGCGUGGAGACCCAAGAAAAGCAAGCGGCCGAAUACAACGUGAAACUCGGGGAGAAUGAGGAGGGGAUUGAUGGACUUUGGGGUAAUAUCAAUCCCAGUUUCCCAGUGUUUGAUGAGACAAUAUGGGCAGAGGCCGCCAUGUCAUUAGAUUUUCCAUUCAUGGGGGACUCGGGAAUUUUCGCAGGCAACUUAAUUGGUCGUUGGUAGUGGCCAGGGAAACGUUGCAGUCAAAAUGAUGCAUGUAAUUAAAGCAUCAUAGCCUGGAACAAGUUGCCCAAAUAUAUAUAUGUAUUGUUAAUUUUAGAUAUGGCAUGGAUAAACUUAGUAUAGGCUCAUAAGUACUGUAUCUGAGUUCAGUAAAGGUCUCGACCACACGUGGGUUUGGCUCU